CCUAACCUAACCUACAUUCAACAUUUUAAUUUAAUUAAUUAAUUGCAACUUUGACGUUUCUUUCGCAUGCGCAGAUUGUACGGAGUUUAGGCCAUUUAUCUCAACGUAAUAGCGACUAGCACCUGUCAGCCAACGUGACUACAGGUUGACAAAUGAUUGUAAAACCGAUAGAGGGUUACAACUACUAGUUGACGUUAACUAAUAGUCAUGUCAACUACUAGUUAACAACGGAAUGGUAAAACCGAGCCUAAGACUGUUCCGUUUAUACUCUUGAUAUUGAUACGUAAACGCAAAACAUACACAGAUCUCGAAUUAUUUUACUCUGUAAUUAGUGCUUAAUUGCUUAUUAAAUUUCUUCCGCGCACAAAUGCUUCUAUUUAUAGGAUUAUUAUUAGCAAAUUAACGUUAUUCCAGUGCCCUAUAAUGUCGUAUCCGCAUAAGUCUUUCACUACAUAAUAUCCAACAAUACCUAAAUUGUAGAAAACUCUGUUGUUAUUUCGCAGAAACUAAAAGAUAAAACGAAAUUCCCGCUCUGAAGAUUUGUGACCCAGCUGACGUCACAGAUGCGCACUGGCAUACCGUUGAGCCACAUGUCACUGAGUAAGCGGCUGAAGAUGGAUUCUACUGCAUCCUGUUCAUCUGAUCCUAUCACUCAAGUAAGCACUGAAGCUCAGGAUGCAUCAGGAGAUAGUGAUAGAACUACACACAUUCAAAAAAAGGAAACAGGACUUAUCUUUGAUGAAAAUGAGAGUAAUUUCAGAGAAGCUGUUAGGUGGAUAGGGUGGGUUGACAAAAGCCUUUUUAUUGCCGAAUUGCUGAAGAAACCACGUCGUGUGAUUAUUUUUGCGCCCAAGCGUUUUGGCAAGUCUCUGAAUAUAGACAUGGUCAAGUGCUUCUUCGAAAUUGUAGCUGGUCGAGACAUAAGCUAUGCACCUAAGAAUUUAGAAGAACUGAAAGAAUACGAAAAUUUUAAAGCAUUUUGCAGAUAUGGACUGUCACCACCAUGUAAGAUAAUAAAGGAAGAAGAACUUGUUAAAGAAUACUUUGGGAGACACCCAGUUGUGCAUCUGGACUUAAAAGACCUUGAUUGCACUUCCAAAGAAACUGUAAAGGAUGGUCUCAGAGGCAUUGUACAUGAUCUCUAUGUGAAUUUUUCAUACCUGAUGAGGGAAGAACAUUUAGCUGACUCACCAAGAAAAUUAAAAGCAGCAUAUGAAGAUUGUGAAGCAUGGUGUGGUAAGAAUACAUACAUGAGAGAGGAUCCAACCAUAGGUUUGCAAAAAUUGAUUGAAUAUUUACAUGCUCACCAUAAACAGAAAGUGUACCUGUUGGUUGAUGAGUUUGAAGCUCCUGCUGUGAACGCCCUGUUGGCUGGUAAAAGUGGAGGUGAAGUAAAAGAUAUCAGCAAUAUAGUAAUGUCCCUGCUUGGUGCAGUUGUGAAAGGAAAAGUGGCCGAUAAUCAUCUCUUGGGAUCACUAAUUACGGGGGUGUCAUAUCUGGGAAGCAUUGGUAUUUCUCAGCAUCUUAACAACAUACCAUUUUACAAAUGGUUACUAGAUGAUGAUCGGUUUGCUAAAUAUUAUGGUGUUGGGCAUGAAGAGCUUACUACGCUUCUUGAAAGUGUGUUCCCUGAGCGAAAAGAGAAACAAGCUUCUAUCCAACGAGAGGUAUUGGGUCUCUACAAUGGAUACUAUAUUAAAACUGAAGCUGUGUACUGUUUAUGGUCGGUUUUGCACUACAUUCGACUUCGUGUGGAACUGAACGCUUCUGAGAUCAGAAAGACCAAUUUUUGGGCGGGUUCUAGCAUAAUUAGUGCACUUGGUAAAGUUCUUAAAAAUGAUGAUGUAAUGGAAAGAAUGGUUCAUGUAACAACAGGGGGAAAUUUCUCUUUUAUGUCCUGUGAUAAGUUGGAUGCCAAGGAUCUUGCUGACUUUUUAAAUGGUGAAAACAAUCAAGAACAACUUGUCUACUCAUUUUUCAUGGAACAAGGGUAUCUCUCCAUUGAUCCAAGCCAUCGUUCUAGCAGAUCUGUUAAAGUGAAAGCUCCAAAUCCUGAAGUCCUUACUGCGUAUCUAGAGAUGUUUAGUAAUUUCCAUGUGAAAGUUUGUGGAUUUAGUAACUUGUCAAUGCAUAAAUGUGCAGAAUAUUUUGAGUCACUACCUGAUAAAUCUGCAGAUGAACAGGAAGAGAGUUUAAGUGUUUUCUAUGAGGAGUUGAAAAAACUUUUGUCAAAGUUCCGCGGACAAAAGGUGAAGGAACGAUCAAUACAAUCUCUUAUGUUUGUUACCAUGCUCAAAGCAGACUUCAAAUAUUGCGAGAUGGAGAAACCUGUUACAAUUCAGAUGGAUGGUAAGAAAGUAACGGGAUUUAUCGACCUGUUCAUGGAAAAUGAUGAUUGUGUAGUUAUUUGGGAGUUCAAGCAUAUUGAGGGUGAUGAUCUUCAAGCAAUCAAGGAUUCUUCUUAUGAGGCUUUGAAAGAAAUCCUUUUUGGCAGCUAAGCCAAAAAAGUGCCCUAUAUUAAUAAAUUGGAGGAAGUAAAAACAAAAAAUUACAUUCUCAUUGGACUCUGCUGUGGUGAUAAAGGCAAAGCAGCAAUGUCGUGCUUAAUAAAUAACAAAGACAUCAAUAACUGUAUCUCUUUUCCAUAACUUAAUGACAUCAGUUUUGCCAUUGAUGUGUAUAUAUAGAUUGAAUAUAGUAAGUUUAUUUCA